AUGACGGCGAUACCAAUAACAACAAUUCAACAAACAGACCAAUUACCUAUUGUACCUGAAAUUGAUCUUAUUGAACCGCUUGUUCAAUGUGGUGUUCUUUAUUUGGGUUCAGCACCAUCUAAUAAUGGUUUUCAUGGUCUUGAUGCAAUUCAAGAACCAUUUUCAUACCGAUAUCCUGUCGAUGGUACAAAUACAGUUCGAGGUAUUGAUGCAGUACUUUCGAUUUAUGAUAAUGGUAUUCAAUUAGUAUUUACUCGCCAACCACAUGCAGCAGUAUUUUUUCCAAUAACUUCUCUUAUUUAUUGUUCAAGUCUACGUUUUACAGUCAUUGAAAAUGAUUAUACUAAAUCAACACCAAUGAUUGAUUGGCGUUUUAUGCCAUUAGAUACAUAUGUAAUUAAUGAAAGUAAACAUCCACCAUUAUUUAGUGUUAUUAUACAACGUACACAAAUUAUGCCAGGUGAUGAAUGUCAUUGUUUUAUAACAAAAAAUGUUGACGCAGCAUUUUCACUUGUUCAAGCUAUAUCACAAGCUUAUGCAAAUAUUAAUCCGGAAUCGAAAUGUUUAAAAUCACCUAUUUUUUAUCAGUUAGAUCGUUAUGGACGAAAAUUAAGUGAAAUCCAUGGUAUUAUUUACAUAUCACCAGCUAACGAUGAUGAUUCAUAUUUGAAUCGAACAAAUCCAAAUCGAUUAACAGAUGAAUCGACUAUUCGAAAUUAUCUAUUUGAUCCAACAUUUGGUGGUUUCUUUUAUCGUACUGAUGCAAGUAUUGUUGAACAAUGGCAAUUAUGGGAUGAUGAUGAUAAAUUUGUUGAAUCUCGACCACGUCCACCAGCAUCACCUUUUGGAUUACAUGAAGGUCUUUAUCAUGAUGAUACAUCACAUGAAAUUCAACGAUAUUUACGUCAUAUGGAUGAUGAAGAACCUUCUUGUUCAUGUAGUUGUUCGAGUAAGAGUUCAACUUCAGCUUCAAGUUCAAGUUCAAGUUCUAAUUCUGUUAGUUCAACACCAACAGAACAUUCUCGACAACAUAGUCGACAUUAUUAUGAUAAACAACAAUUAAUAAAUGAUAUUGAUCAAUUUGAUACAUCAUUUGCGAAUUUACAAACAAGUUCAUUUGAACCAAUUUCAAUACAAAAUAAUAAUGAAAUAAACGAAACAAAAAAAGCACCAAUUAUUAUUGAAAAAGUCAUACCGAAAUUGACUUCAUCAAUACCUAUUCUUAAUCCUAUUUUGCCUCAACAACCAUUGAAUAUUCCAAAUCCUGUACAAGAACCAAUUACAAAUUCUCUUUCACAAACAGAAUUACCUUCUUUUUCAUAUAGAAUAAAUGAACAUGGUGAAAAAAUAACCAAAGAAGGCAAUCGUAUUUUAUUUAUGGAUGUUGUUCAACUGGAAACAAAUAAAAAUCAAAUUAAUACGCAAUCUUAUCAAUCAUCAACAUCUCGUUCUCGUUCACGACCACAACGAUUAUCAAAACAAGUACCUACCAUUGAUAAUAAAAGAUAUCAACGAUUAUACGAUGAAAACAAAUCUAAAACUCAACGAUAUAGAUAUAUAGAUGAUAAACCACAAGAUCAUUCAAAUAAUACAAAACGUUUAACAACACCCAAUACGUUUGAAAUAGUUGACGGAUAUUUUGAAGAUCGUAAUGGACGUCAAAUAAAAUUAAAUAAUCAUCAAGCUCAAUUAAUGCUUAAUCAUUUUGAAUCAUCAAACAUGAAAAAACAAGAACGAAAAAUUAAUACUAUUUCAUCAAUAAAUAGUUCUAAACAUCAAGCUCAUCAUCGUCGUAGCAAAUCAACAAUAACUACUGGUCCAUCAGUUAAUUAUGUUGAACGUCCUUCAAUACCAUCUUCGUCUUCAACUUAUAAAUCAUCAAUAGUUAAACAAAAACCACCAACACCACCUGUAUUAACUCAUGAAAAACUUAAUGAAUUGGUAUCAAAUAUUUAUGGAACAACUCGAUCAGUUAAACCAAAUUCAUCAUCAAUAAAUCAUCAAGACAGAAAUUCAUCGAUUAGUACUACUACUACAGUUAUAAAUCCAACAUAUAUAUCAGCAUUUCGAUAUAUGAAAAGCAGUGUUAAUCCAAAGUUUCUUCAAGAAUAUCGUGAUGCAUAUUAA